AUGACGCUCGACAUAUUCCCCCCACCCCCAACGUACCCGCUGGCGACGACCGACCCAGUCGAGCUCAAGCUUCCUCCCACCGAGACUCGGCCCCACCGCUACUUUACCCUUCCGAAUGGUCUCCAGGCCAUCGUUGUGUCUGAUCCCACCACGGACAAAGCGGCGGCAUGUGUCUUCCUCGCUGUAGGCUGGAUGGAGGACCCCGACGACUUGCCGGGCUGUGCACACUUUGUUGAGCACCUCAUGUGCAUGUCGUCGAAGAACUUCCCCGGCGAGGGCGCAUACGAGGCCUACCUCCAGGAGCAUGGUGGCGACCGCAACGCUGGCACAAGCUUGGGUACAACCAACUACCACUUCGAGGUUUCGAGUGACGCGCUCGAGGGGGCACUUGAGCGCAUGGCAGACCUCUACAUCAACCCUCUCUUCCCUCCGGGCCUGGCCGAGAGGGAGACCAAUGCAGUGGACCUGGAGUUUAAGGGCACUGUGCUAAGUCAAUAUAUGGUGAGCUCUCAGGUUUGCCGCCCGAGACUAGCUGACGACGGUAGAGGGUGUUCCAUCUCCAACUGUCUUUGGCCAAGAACCACCCCUUUGGCAAGUUUGGUUGCGGAAACCACCAGACUCUGUGGGAGGACCCAGUUGCCGCGGGCCGUAACCCUCGCGACGAGAUUGCAGCAUGGUGGAAGAAGCAGUACUGCCCUCGCCGAAGCGCUUUAA